UUUAUACUUUCCAUGUCAUUGAAGGCGCAGCUCAUUAUCCAUCGGAUAACUGGUUGCAACCAACACCUGAAAUGCCUUUCACACGUUUGUAAAUUGACAUUUGCCACAGACGCUGAUAGAAUUUCAGUGCAAAGCCACUGCCGUGAAUCACUAACUCGGGGGAGCAAUUGCAACUUCUUUAUAUUAUAUUUUCUUUUACUCUAAUGGAGCAACGAAUCCAACAAUUCCACGAUGACACAAAAGCGCUUUCCAAUCCGCCUACUGCUAAACAAAUAAAGCAAAUGAAUACACUCAAGAAGUUUAUUUUCAAAAAUCAAGAUUAUCGAUUCACUGACAAGGAGAAAAACAAACUCUUUGCCUCCAUUGAAGCCUACUUUACGUGUUUUGACAGAACUGAUGCCACUGCGGGCGGUGUCUCGGCUUUUCCACUGAUUGAGGAUGCGCUGAAGGUUCCUUGCUUCACUACUAAACAGAAAAACCUCCUUCUCAAAUGGUACGAGGAGAUUCUUGCGCAACAAGAGGGCCCAACCACUACCAAAAAGGACGAGGUUCCAUCUUCGCCUCAGGAGGAGGAUUAUGAUGACUUUGAUUGGGAUGCUUUUGAGAAAGGUGAUGAUAGCCAGGCAACUCAGAUUUAGAAGCUCCCCAUACCCUGUUGAUGUGCCCGUGAUUCGUUUCGCAUAAUAUCCAAGCGUGAAUCUCCAUAUUCCGAAAGCUUGUUCU